AACCUUCAAGGUGCGGUACUUUCUUGGUGCUCGAAACUCUUCCUGGUGAGCAAGGCUACAAAGUAAGUUGGAACAUCAUGACCCGAGGCGUGCCGGGUGCUCCAAGGCCCUGGCGCGCCUGGCGCGCUGGCGGCGGUGCUGCGGGUGGGCCGCGCGUCCCAGCCGCCCGGGUUCUGGGAGGGGCUGGUGCCCGAUGAGCACCUGCGCUCCAUGAUCUCCCGGGAUCACUUCCAGAUCCAGCUGGAGCACGGGUCGAAUCAGGCCGCACUGUCCAACCUGAGCGCGAAUGGCACUCUGAUCAACGGUGCCCUGGCCCGCGACGUGGUGUGGCUGCGGCAGGGCGACGUCGUGGCCAUCCCGAGCUCGGCGGAGGCGCAGCGGGAUGGCUGCCAGCCGGUGGUGACGUUCAGCUUCCACGUGCACCAGCCCACCCAGCUCGCCGUUUCCGCCGACCUCCUGUUCCAGUGCCUCUCUGCGCACCAGCUUGCCCCGGACGUCGCCCGCUCCUUGAGGGCCGAGCUGACGCUGCGGCCGGAGCCGGGGUCGGGCUCGCAGCUCCUGCGCGUCGGCCGCGCCGUGCAGCCGAUGCCCCUGUGGGAGGCCCUGCUCCCCGACGAGGCGACGCGCAACACGAUCUCCCGGAACCACUUCGAGGUGGUCGCCAUGCCCGGCGAAGCGGACCGGGCGGCCACGCUCAGCAACCUCAGCAGCCUCGGCACCCUCGUGAACGGGGCGUGCGUGCACGGGCAGGCGCCGCUCCGCGUCGGCGACACCGUGGGCCUCGGCUUCGCCGCGGGCCCGCCGCAGGGCGCCUCCGCUGGAGGCUCCGAGGGCGGCCGCCCUGCGCAGCUGGACCGGCUGCAGUGCGACGGCAUCGACUCGGUGAGCACCCUGGACCUUCCCCCGCCCGAGCGGGAGGGCGCGCGGCAGGCCAAGAGGGACCUCACGAGGCGGGCCGAACGUCUGCACGACGAGGUGGACGCGCUGUUCGACAGCCUGAGGCGGCGGAGUUCAGUGGCAUCUCAUGGGAGCUGAGGACUCCUGCCAGUGAGCGUGGGCGCGGUGGCCAGGGGAUUGAUCGAGCGUGCGCCGGUCCGCGGGGUCCUCUGCGCGGAGGUCGAGGCGA